UGGGACACGCGCAGACAUUUUUCAGCUCUGUUUUUGCCAUAUUGCAAAAUAGAGUGUGAAGGCUACAAAGUUCUGGACAGCGCUGACAGGAAGAAUACCUACGGUAUGGGCAAUGAAGCAUGUGACGACGACAUUGAAGAAGCGUGGUACCGCUUCACCGGAGCCGCAGGCUCAAAGAUGCCAGAGUCACCACCAAAUAAAUACACGUGUGGCACGCAUGCACCGGGGUGGCUGAAUGGACGACAUCCAUCCGUUGCUGAGGGAAAGGUGCUCUGAUCACACUUCUUACAGCAGUAACAUUUUUUGUUAGGGUAAUUCAUUAAAUGAACAUUAGUCUCUGUUUGGCGCGAAUUUAUUCUCGAAAAUUUACCCAUGGACAUUAUUUGUUCCGAGAAGCGAAUGAUUGCGAAGAGCGAAGUAUUAGGAAAGCUGUGGACUUCGGAUAACAGAUGAUGCCAAAUAACAUAUAUACCUGCACAUUUCUAAGUCUAAUGAAUGCAUUUAUUCUCUCUUUUUCUUUUUUCUUUAUUGCUGUGCGUGCAACAAAACGAUCACAUCGGAAACAGAUGUUGACUUUCCAGCGCGACUUCAUUAACAAACAAAUUUAUCCCUUCUAACGAAACAAUAGCAGAACGUUUUCCUGCUAAAAUCAACUUUUAAAAGAAGACUUUCAUCGUAUUGUAAGCAAUGUUUGAAAAUUGGAGAAUAUCACUGGAGGAAUAUAACCAGAUAAUCUCCAGGUUUAGCCAGGGCAUAUUCGACCACGCGACACAUUUUAACCAAUCGCGUUUUGGCGAAAACGUUUGUAAGUACAGAUAUUUACCGAAAAAAGUUUGCAACACACAACUUCUUCAAAGGAAAAAAUAAAAUUUUACAACAGGGCUCCUAAACAGAGCUUCUCUUUGUACAUUUCUGUACCAGUGAGGGCACAGGCUUUAUGACGUUAUACGAGAAAAAAAACUUGAGUGUUUUCAAUCCGCUUCUGUGACACAGCCAGAUUUUAACAUAAGAUUAUAUUUGUGGUGACUAGACAUUUAUUUUUCUUUUUAAUUCCAAAAUUUUUUGGUUUAGGUAUCCAGACAAGUUUGUUUCAACUGGGGUGGCAACGAUUGCAAAUGGUAUACCAGCAUUGAAGUACGAAACUGCGACUCGUUCUUUGUCUACAAACUGGUGAAAACGCCCGAAUGCAAACUCCGUUAUUGUGGCAGUGACUGAAGGAUGAUGGGUAAUUAAAACUGAAGCACGUCACACGUUUACCGCUGAACCUUACAAUCAGAUUUACUAAAACUUUACAGGGGAAAGGCCUUAGCCUUAGUACUUAAUAUCAGCUGGUAGCAUAAGUUCUUUCUGUAAUGUAGACUUGAAUUAUUAAAAAGGGAAAUAAAGAAUUCAUUAUUGGUGGUAGAUGUGUGGAAAAGGUGUGCAAUAAAAGUGUUCGGGAAUAACGACAAUAGUUAAUUUAGUUUCAAAACGGGAUGUUGAGGUGUCUUUUAAGAAUUAGGGCUUCAGAUGUUCGCAGUCAUAAUCGCUCAACUGGGGUGAUGAUGCAAAAAAAAGAAAAGCUGAAAAAAGGAAAUAUAGAUGGUAUGUUUAGGCUUUUAUUUGGAGGUAGUAUUUUAACAAAGGUACUCGGCAAUUGUAAAACGGCUUAAUAGAGUAACUACCGGGUAUUGGGGUGUUCUUUCAUUAUCAGCGACUCAAAAGUUUAUUGCUAUUUAGUGUGAUAAAGGUUUUAUUUACGAGUAGUAAAAGAACAUCUUCCUUUCAUAGCCUUUUUCAGGCCCUCAGUCAGUGGAAGGGAGUGAAAUUGCGACCCGAUAGAAUUGAAAUAUCUAUACAUAUCUUACUUCUGCUAAUCGUUUAGCUAUGAUGUAAAGUACAUCGUAGCUAUUACACUUGAAACAUUUUGGAGCUCUAACAUCCGUUAAAAAAAGAAGCACAUACCCUAUUCAUACCAGCAAAACAUGUGUAGUAAAAACCGGGUUUAACUCAAUGAAAAUCAGAGACAGAGGACUAAAUAACUGAAUUUUUCAUAGGUUUCAAGAAGUCACUAUUUUUUAGUUCCAAUGUUUUCAAUUUGAAGUCGAAAAAGAAGGUUAAGCAGAUUCUAUGGAGAGAACAAUCUUCAAACGUGCUUAGCAAAACAGCUUUAACACAUCUUUAAACUUUGGUGUCAAUGUGGUAACUACAAUUUGUCCGCAUGAAGUGGUCGAAAAGCAAAUCAGUGGCAGGUAACACAGUAACACUACAGAACCAAAAUGCACCUGUUAUAACCUUCUGUAAUCUUAUUUAAAACAGAUAAAUGUCUAAAUGAGAAGUAGAGCGUUCUAUCUUAAGAGCCGAAAUUGUGACAACUGUAAUUGCAUCAUCGUCGCAUAAAUUUGCAACUUAAAGAAUUAUCCCCUUUAUCAAACUAUAUUAUUACUUAAUAUAUUGUUACUUACUCAGUAGACAACUUCGCGAAACUGCUAUGACAUUAAUUAGACAAGUGUGGAAAAAACCCAGUUUAAUUGAAUAAGAUCAUGGCUUGACCAACUGAGCUAAUCCAGUUGUCAUCUUGAUUCAGGUUUACAUCAUCUUUAUCUCAGUGGCUGGCAUUAAAAAGUUUUGUUUUGACUCUUGCUUCAUAAGAGAACUCCUCUUCAUUAGACACAGCGAAUUUUUGAAAAGUGUUUCUUAAUAAGCGUUUGAACAUGAUCAGAGGGGUAGUUGUGUUUGUGAGCAUCAUCUUCAAUAGGAGGUAAGUGUUAAAAGAAAUAAUUUCUUAAAACAUGAACAAAACCCGUAUGAUCCUGACAAAAUCUUGAUUUCUUUUCACCUGAGGAUGGGUAGCAGCGUUGCCGGAAAGCAUUCUGAAAAACAGAACAUGGGACAGAAAACGCCUAUUCAUCACAAUUAAGCGCGGCAAAGCGUAGUAAAAAAGCAAACAAGUAAGGUCAAACAGGGAAUGUUUUGUUACUACGUUACUAACCUGAAGAGAAUAAUACGAACAUCAUCAAAAACGGCCGGACUUUAUAAAGUACAGAAUUUGUGUCUGAAGUUGGUAAAAAUGAAGGUAAAAGAUGAAGAUUUGCCAACCAAUAAUUUGGCCCGGAGAGAAGUCGAUCAUUCAUUCUUUUUUAUGCUUACAUGCCAACUGAAAUAACAUGCAUUUUACUUUCUUUUAUUACAUAUGUUUCCGACGGAAUUCUAGGUUAUUAGAAAGAUUGUCAUCCGGUUCAAAAAACUUGGUCUUUUGAUGACCAAAAGUGCUAAAAUUUUGUGACACGAGAAAAGGAAAUCUAAAGCUACUUUCGUAAAAGUUUGACUAAUUUUGAAAAACAAAAUAGCGUUUCAUGAUAUGCUGUGCAUAAGAUGAAGUGAACUCCAAACAAACUGAGCAGGUACUCUUUGUCUUUAUUCCUUUCUGAGGUAUUUCUCUGUUUUCUAAAAGUCUUCAUUUAUUCGCCGCGAAAAAAGCGGAAUCAUUUUGUACUGUAUUUCCAGCUCGAUUGGGCAGGCACUUGCGGUCCGACUAAAUGUCAUUGAUUGAUCGUGGAUAGUGUUGUGCGUCGAUUGUAUUACUAGCUUCGCUAUUUGGUGCGAUGAUGGUCGGUGCGCGGACCUUUCCAAUGAGUCGCGAGUGAAAAGGGUCACCCGUAACCACUAUAGCUUAUUACUGCCUAUUGCUAAUAAGGAUAAGUCAACGGUAAAUUCUCUAUGCGGUUUUCGAGGAAAGGAUACAUUUCCGGAGGUGCAAAGUGAUUAACGCAGCAGUCAGACGUUUGCGUGUGUGAGAACAUUGAAACAAGGCCACUUGAUUGAUUACUUUCAGGCCAAAGAAGCUCUGCGUAAAUUAGGUGGUCACGGUGUUUUAAAAAUUCAAAACAAAAUGGUGAAUGAACAGGAAAAGUCUCAAAUUCUUCAUUUCCCAACGUUUGUUUUCCUUUGCGGAUCCACAUAAGUAUUCCAUAACAGCGGUUGUCUUUUACAUUUUCCUGCAAAAUUUUGCGCUGGAAAUUGUCGCGCGGUUGGCCAAAAUUGAUCUCUCUGAGCAUGCCUGACGAUGGACCGCUGUGUUGGAGUAACGCGAUUGCAUGUAUUGACGGUCAAUCAAUGACAAGAUGACAGAGCUGAAUGACGUCUGUGCAUACGCAAGACUUCUACGAGGAAAACGGAUUUUGGGUUGGUUGCAUGCUUGAUUUUCCAUUCUGUUGCUUGUAGGCGUUUGCUUCCCCCGUUGCUUUCCUUUUACAGAACAACCUCCAAAAUCUUUGUACACCCCCUAAAAAUUUCAAAAAUUCAUUUCUCCUUAAAAACACCGGAAAUAGGAAAAUUCCUUCAACGACAAGAAAAUUCCUGGGUUUUAAAUGCUAGCCCCUUUUUUCUCCGCAAACUUCGCUGAAUCUUGAAUCUCGAGCGCUUGAGCCCGCGUUAUUGAUCGCAUACCUGUGACGUAGCUUUUCGUCAUUCAGCUCUGCCUGACACCAUCGAAUCACUUGGCAACCAUAUGGCGAAUUUUUGAAGUUAGAAGGAUCUUUGUUAACGACUUCCCUUCUCCUCGUUCUUCCAGCUCCAAACUAUCUGACAGGAUCAGAUUACGUAGCUGCUGGAACGACCAACGUGAAACAACCCGGAGAUUCACACAUCUGCUAUUCAGGCCAUCGUUAAACACGUUGCAGGUUUCACAAACAACAAGGUUUUCUUCCCUCGUAGUAAGUACCUGGUCAGUGGUGAUAUUGCAACAAGUGGCUUAAUGGAAUUGCAUGGAACCCAGCGUGGUAUUGUAGUUAUCAAGGCGUCGAUUCUGUAAGGCAUAGAAAUACACAAUGCUUCACCAGUGAAGUGUGUUUCAAACUGCCCCGCUUUCAAAGAUAGAUGCCCGUUCGAAAACCUGAAGACCAUGGGUGAGUACGUGGACAAACUGACCCAAAUACGAGACAAAAGCAGUUGUAAAGGUCGCGCAGCAUUCCAAAAGUUGAGAGAGUUACGCGGGUUGCGCUUAUCAGUAUUCGCUUGCCACACGUGAGAUGGCCUACAUGGGUGCCCUAGCUUGUGCAUUAGAAGGACGGACCAAGAGAGAAUCUAACAAUGGAAGAUCUGCGGCGUCGGCUUCGCACUAUUCAGCACCCGAGUUACUCAGUAGUUUCAUAUGUUGCUGACUUAAAAAAAAAUUGCCUACAUACAGGAAUAUAUGUGAUACUGCUCACUAUUGAGCAGGUUGCAACCUUUCGCCGCAUUUUCUUGGUGUAAACUUAACUACUUUAAGAAUCGAUUGCAUGCAAAACGGCCCUCGAGGCCACUAAACUAAGAAGAUAUGUGAUAUUCGUAGAUAGCAGUGUGACUAUAAUACCCUAUGUCUGUUCAAUUUCGUAAAAGAAUUUAUCUGAAGAUACAACCGACGCUGACCCCUAAAAGCACUAGAAAUAAUGCUCGUGGUGCAAUUUUUGAAAAAAUCAAGUUUCGAUGAAUAAUCUGUUAUGAAAUCCACAAUAGAAACGAAAAUAAAAGGUUUUACUAAUAAAAUACGCCAUUGAGGCGCUAAGAUAUCAUCAAAUUUGGAAAAUUAUUUUUUUUUAUUUGAAAAUAUACAUUCAUAACAAAUCUGAUUUUAGGCUAAACCAAUACCGUAAAUUUGAAUUGGUUUCCACCAUAAUAGGAAGCAAAAUAAUACUUCCAAAACAUGCACAAAGAAGGAAACCGCGAAAAUCAUUAAACGAUAUUACACACUAAGAGAUUACAAAAUGUAAUCUCUUGUACACUGAGUUUUUAUUGUUUCAUUUUAAAUACAAAAUUUGUUAUUUCAUGCUACCUUAUCACUGCAGUCUUGACAUCAUAAGCAACCAAUUAGACUAUGAAACGUUUCAUGGCCAACGCCCGCUUACAAAACAAAACGUUCUCUUUAUUCGAGGCUGGCAAUUUGUCUUUGAAGGACCUUCGAUCAGCCGAGGACCAGAGGUUGUCAUUUAUGAUCUAUUUCUCUUAUUAACUGACUUUUUAAUCCACAAUCAAUGUGUAACGCUGCAGAUUUCGGUCAAUUUUAACAUCUCGUCUCUCUUUAUGUGAUAGGUUUGAGUAUUGAAGACUAACAGAUUGACCAAGAUCAUUUCGGGUAUGUAUACGCAUAGGCAGGUUGUUUGCGUACGCUGGUUGUUUUAUCGGUCGUGUAUACCGUUUAUAUCUUCAUGCACAGCAACUACGAAGUAAGUAUUUAAGAUCUCUGCCAUAUUACGAACGAUUUCUAUUUUCAGUUUAAAUGCAAAGCACUCCACGAUCAGUUUAGGUCAUGUCAGUUUGCCAUGUGAUUUGGCUUUUUCAGUCCACAGUUACUCUGAAAGUUGAAAAUUGAAAAAAAAAAGAGUUAAAACAGUGAAUUCUAAAUAUUUCGCCUUUUUUUUUUUCUUUUACAUUCCAUAGUGUGUUUGAUUAGAUGGAAUAGAGCUAUCAAAUUGACGAGUAUUUUCUUCCUAAAUGACCAUCAGCUUUGACGUAACUGUUUACUCUCUUUUUUCAUGGAAUAGCUAUAUAACUCAGAAGUACACUCCUUUUAAAGAAGAAAAAUUCCUUCAAUAGUGCUCGUCGGCCGAGGUCACGGUUUUCAUCUAAAAGUCUUUGGCUGAUGCUCACCCGUUGCGCACAUAUAAUAAUACCAUACUAACAAAAAAAUAAUUGGUUCCAUAAUUUUCUCUUGCACCAUGAAUAAUUCCAAAAUUUCCCACAGUAAAAGGUGAAUGAAUUUAAAUUGACGAGGAUGCUCCAUGAAUUUCUACAAAAAACACAACCUUGAUACUCUUCUUAAACAUUUUUAAGUUCAAACAUCAAAAUAAUCCUCCCUUGUUUUUGCUUAUCAUUCAAAUGAAAUACGACUAAUUUAAAAAGUUACUAAGGAAUAGUUUCACUUCUCACAAGCAUGAUACUUACAAACAAUGAACCGUUACGAACAAGACUAUUAUUUAGCAAUCCCCACUGUGAAGUCUUUGCUCUAUACAGCGCCAACAUGCCAAAUUUUAAAAUUAAAACAAAGAGGAAAAUUCUAAAGAAUGAAAUCACCAAGGCGAAUCUACUUUUCUGCUCAUUACUGCAAGGAUAAACGAGCGGGGAUAACUACUAUCAGCAUUGCUUUAAGUUGUGCUGCUUUUAAAACACCAAGAUGCAUGCAUACACGUUCUCAGACAACGUCCCGAGCAAAAUUGAUUGAAUGCUACGCGUGACGAUCAGGUAUCAACAAAUACAUUUUUAUCCCGAAAUUCAUACCGAAACAGAUGAUCAUCGCGAAAAAAUACAUUCUUUUAUUUUUUUUCUCAGAGGGUACGGUAACGAAUCCUGCAAUCUAAUUGGUUCUUAGUGCGGUCCGUAUUUUCCUAUCUCUGCCCAUGGGCAACAGUAACGCUUUCGUGAGUCGCCGAGUACAUCCCCAUUUUUGUUGCCAUUUUUCAUAAAUAUAUCUCGUUUCUCCGGCUGGGCAGUAUUUUUAAGCAAAGACGUCGGUCACUGCUUCAAGCCGGUAAAUAACUUAUUAAUCCUCUCUUUUCUCCCUCUCAAAUCACUUUGGUUGACAGAGAAAUAUUGGUUUCAAAUUAAAUUAAGUUGCCUAAAAACCGUCUGUAAUUAAUUUUAAUCCUUCACAAAACUGAAGUACCUAGAAAGUUAAAAAGUGAGGUAUUUUGUUACAAUUGAAUUGAUCGAUGGAACUUUCAUUCAUUUGAUAUCUGAAUUCUCUCAAACAAUUUGUUCGUAGUGAAAGGGCGAGCGAAGUUUUCAGUUCUACUAGCUACGAAGAAGUCUUCGGUGAGUCUUUCUAAGUCCCGGCGUUCAACCUGGAUAUUUGUACCGUAAAUUGCACAAAAGAAAAUGCAGGAAUUCAAUAAGAAAAGGCCGCAUUAAAUCCCCUUGUUUCUAGUUGAAGUGUCUCAUUCGAAUUUAGUUUUUGUGGAGGAAAGACCAGAUUUACACACGCCAUUGCAGCAAACAAACGAGCAAACACUCACAACGUCAAAAUGAAAAAUUUGAAUUUACUUACGACUACCUUCCUUGCCAUUUACUUACUGAACAGAGGUAAAUAUUCGUACAUUAAUCGUCGAUGAGACUGAAUAAUACUUUUCGUAAGAUUGAAGAAAACAUUGCUGCCACAAUCCUUGCCAAACUAGUUCCGUUGUUUUUACAAAAGUGUACUUGCGGUUUGUUUUUUCUUACGCGCUCUCUAAUUGACAGGUGUCAGAUUGUGACAUAUAGUUGUAAAAAUAAUGUUUCAAAGUUUGUUUGGAAACCUUUUAAAUCACCUUUAUCGUUACGCAAAUGAAAAAUGUUUCGGUGAAGCCUCUCUUUACUUUGCAUUACCUUUUUUUUUAACUACCAUUUACUCGCUCAAAAAUUGUUCAGUUUACGGAAGAUCUUGCUGUAAUCACAGCCCUAAAUCAUUGGGGUUCCUUUGGAAUGAAUUUCGUCAGUUUUCAGGAAAAAAAAUUAAAAUGUCUUUCACUAGCCUAACUCGGUCCGUAUUGGGAAAAACUGUGCCUGAGGUCGUGAGUACCGCCCGAGGCCGUAGGCUGGGGAAUAAUACAUAUAUCUUUAAGUGGCUUAUUUACCCACAUAGUCCCCAAUAGCCUCUUAUAAAUCUGUUUUAAGUCCACGGACAUGAGUAUCAAGUUCGGAAAAAAGUUAAAAAAGAAAAAGUAGGGAUCCUUUAAAAAAAUAAAAAUAAAAAAUAAUGAAAAAUAAAAAAAAAGGCUUAAAAACUCAAAGAGAGAGAGGAUGAGAUCCAGUCAGCUACAAAAUCAAUUGCAAGAUCUGAGAAUGGCCUGGGCGGUUAGAGGCUCCCAGUGAGUUAAAAGUAUUGUCCUAUUUCUUACCCCCAGCAAAGCAAGUAAUGAAAAAUAAAAUUGGUAAAUAACGUGUUUUCCAACGCCACUAAACUGUCAAAAUAGUGUGAGGCACCCCACCAAAUUUUCUGUGAGUGCGGAAAACAAUACCGAGUAAGCUGUGUUUUUACCUUAAAUUUACCCAGCGAAAAUGUCUAUCCGACGAACAUCUGCAUUUCUGGUUUGCCUGUUGUUGGUUACUCUGAUGGAAGAGGCAAAACCUGUACUUGGAGGGAAAGGAGGAGGAAAAUUUUCGAAACUAUCGAACAGGUUGAAGGAACUGGAGGAGAGCAUGGAGGAACUAGGAGAAUGCAAAGAAGGUAAAAUUUAACAAUGAAUACCUAUUAAUAAACUUGUGACCCUCUGUAUUUGAAAAAAAAACCCUCUGAAAGAAAUUGCGACUAAGAUGGUUUUCUUUAGGCUUUUCACGACAACACAGAUUUAGAAAUAAAAUUAGGUAAAAAAAAACUGUUCUUCCUAGUUAGGACAAAAUUGACAACGAAUUAGCUGUGUAAUUUUACUUUUCGGCGUCUUAUUGAAAAUAGAAAAUAAGUUUUCCAUUUAGUUGCUCCUACAUUUAAAGCGUAACUUCACUAAAGCGAUUCAUGGAUCAUUGUCGUAAUUUAUUUUCAGUUUGCUCGAUGAUCUCUGAACUAAAAGAGCGGCUCACUGCUGUAGAGGGUGAGAUUGAAGAGCUGAAGAAAGAACCGCCGACAAACCGCCCUCCACUGGCUCCAGGUACAUUUCUAAUAGAUUCCGAACUACGUUUCUGAAGUCCAAGAUGACUCGAACCCUCGCUAACUCGAAUGCGUCAUUAACUCGAACCAAAAUUGAACUUUAGGACUUUUGUCAUUCAUUUGAUGAUUUUUUUCACCCCCUGUAACUCGUGCAUCCUUGACAACUGUAGCUUCCCGCUAACUCCAAACAAUUUUCGUUCCCCUUCGGAACAUUUUCUUCAAGUCAAUACCUCAAACCAUGUUUGUCUUUUUAUAUUUUUAUAUUUAAGUUUUUGGCUAUCUUAAAUUACCCAGAAGAACAAUUGGCCCAAAGCAGGUUCCAUUGGUCUUCUCCCUCCCCAUUUUCAGCAAUUUGAGCCAUCGCAGGUCAUCGCAUAGAGGCAUCUCCAUCCCUAACCAACAAAAUUCUAGUCAAUACUCGACGGUUACCACGAAUUCCAGGUUGUUUUUCUCCACCUAGACAUGCUUGAUAUGUGUCUAAAUGUCCAAUCAACUUGCUUGAAAAACUGAAAAACGUCUCCGCUCGUCACGAUUUUUGCGGACUCAAAUAUAAAACUAUAGUGACAUCAUGAUAAUAUAGCAAAGUUUUGGAAAAGAUUGAUAAGCGACGCCGUUUUUUGCCCAGGUAUAAAUAAUUCAGGUAGCAAGAUAAAGCUUUUAAUUUUUCUAUCAACAGUCCUUUGACAGGGGCACAAAAAAUGUUUUCAUUCACAAAAUGACGUUGAGGCUCCAUGAUGUUGACAUGCGUGCUGAGUGGUCUUUAGCACGCAUAAAAAUUGGAUAUCACCGCUUUUUUAAAAAAAUUCCCACCAUUUUAACAAAUGUUCACUGUUGCUAUGUAUCGACAAGUGAGUUUGGGACACGCGCAGACAUUUUUUAGCUUUGUUUUUGCCAUAUUGUAAAUUAAAGUGUGAAGGCUACAAAGUUCUGGACAGCGCUGACAGGAAGAAUACCAACGGUAUGGGCAAUGCAGCAUGUGACAACGACAUUGAAGAAGCGUGGUGCCGCUUCACGGGAGCCGCAGGCUAAAAGAUGCCAGAGUCACCACCAAAUAAAAACACGUGUGGCACGCAUGCACCGAGGUGGCUGAAUGGACGACAUCCAUCUGUUGCCUAGGGAAAGGUGCACAGAUCACAUUUCUUACAACAGUAAAAUUUUUUUUCUGGGUAAUUCAUAUGAAUGAAUUCAAGACUCCGUUUAGCGGGAAAUUAUUCUCGGGUAUUUGCCCACGAACAUUAUUUGUUCCGAGAAGCGAAUGAUUUUCGAAGAGCGAAGCUUUAGGAAAGCUGUGGACUUCGGAUAACAGAUGAUGCCGAAGGAGAUGUAAACGAGCACAUUUGUAAGCCAAAUGAAUGCAUUUAUUCUCUCUUUCUCUUUUUUCUUUAUUACUGUGCGCGUAACAAAACGAUCACUUCGAAAACAGAUGUUGAUUUUCCACCAAUUGGUUAAUAAGCAAAUUUAUCCCUUCUAAUGAAACAACAGCAGAACGCUCUCCAACUAAAAUCAACUUUUAAAGGAAGACUUUCAUCGCAUUGAAAGCAAUGUUUGAAAAUUGGAGAAUAUCAUCACUCACUGGGGAAUAUCACUGGGGAAUAUCACUGGGGAAUAUCACUGGGGAAUAUCAAUGGGGAAUAUCACUGGGGAAUAUUACUGGGGAAUAUCACUGGAGGAAUAUCACUGGGGGAAUAUCACUGGGGGAAUAUCACUGGGGGAAUAUUACUGGGGGAAUAUCACUUCGUACAUUUCUGUACCAGUGAGAACACAGGCUUUAUGACGUUAUAUGAGAAAAAAAAACCUGAGUGUUUUCAAUCGGCUUUUAUGAAAAUUUUUGUUUUCAAUUAUGACACAGCAUAACAUAUAUCUUAAUUCUAUCAUAAGGCUAUAUUUGUGGUGACUAGACAUUUAUUUAUCUUUUCAAUUCCAAUGUUUUUUGGUCUAGGUAUUCAGACAAGUCUGUUUCAACUGGGAUGGCAACAAUUGUAACUGGCAAGCCGGCAUUGAAGUACGAAACUGUGACUCGUUCUUUGUCUACAAACUGGUGAAAUCGCCCGGUUGCCAACUCCGUUAUUGUGGCAGUGACUAACGGAUGAUGGGCAAUUAAAACUGAAGCAUGUCACACGCUUACGGCUGAGCCUUACACUCCAACACAAGAACUUUACAGGGGAAAGGGGACGUAUACUUAUAUCAGCCUUAGCACUUGAUAUCAGCUGGUAGCAGAAGAUCAUUCUGUAAUGUGGACUUGAAUGAUUGAAAAGAGAAAUAAAGAAUUCAUUAUUGGUGGUAGAUGUGCGGAAGAAGUGUUCAAUAAAAGUGUUCGGGAAUCACGACAAUCUUCUAAUUAAAUUUCAAAACGUGAUAAUGAGGUGUCUUUUCAGAAUUAGGGCUUCAGGUGUUCGCAGUCAUCUUCGCUCAUCUGCAGUGAUAAUGUGAAAAUAAAGUAGAAAAAAAAAGUAAACAUAGAUGGUAUGUUUAUGCUUUUAUCUGGAGAUAGUAUUUAAUAAAGGUACUCGGCAAUUGAAAAACGGCUCAAUAGAGUUAACUACCGGGUAUUGGAGUGUUCUUUCAUUAUCAGCGACUCAAAAGUUUAUUGCUAUUUCGUGUGAUAAACGUUUUGGAGUAGCAAAAGGACAUAUUCCUUUUAUUAUGUUUAUCAGGGCAACAGCCUAACCCCACUGCCUCCAGUUUAGGUAAUGUUACCAAAGAAAUGAUUAACGCAAUAGAAAAAAAUUCAACUCGGAAGAGAACAAAAGAUGCCAUUAAGUUUUGCGUAACACUUUGCAAAAGUAAGGUAUGAAGUUUUGGCUGCUAUAUAAAUACUUGUGGAAACCGGCUGCUUAUCUUCGAGUAAUCAAACCAUUGUAACAAAAUAUGAGCAAAGCUCUCUGUAUUUAUAGGAUGGUUUUAACAACAAACGAAUUUACAAAAGAAUUUAUCUCGAGGAUUAUUCAACAAUAUUCAUUUCACUUUCGGCAAAUAAUUGUUAAUCAUUGUCACUAACAACGGCGUGGUCAAGUUCAAUUACCGAAGAUUAAUUUGCACUUUGUAAAAAUAAGAAAAAUAAUGCGUUUAGCAAAACAGCUUUAACACAUCUGAAACACAUCUUUAAAAUUUGGUGUAAAUGGGGAUAUUUUUAAGAUACUAUACUCGGGAAACUAGUUGUCGUUUGUUGGCAAGUCGAAAGGGCGCUUUCCUCGAUGUUCUGCAUCACAGUUUCUGCUACAACAGAAACUGAAGACCCCAUAGCUGUACAGCGUAACUGUUUGUGGUGUUUACCGUUUUACUGAAUGUAAGUUGACGUUUUUCAAAGGUUUAGUGAGUCCAUAAUGUCCUCUGUCGGUAGCGGUAGAGGAUCGGUAGAUUGUCAGAUUGCAGUCUCAGUACAUUGUAGUGCCAAUUGAAGUAGAAUACUUGUAAAAAGCGAUUUCACAUCGAAUGACACUAAUUUCUAGCCCUCAGGUAUCUGUACAGUCUUAGUGGCGUUAAUAAAGUCCUCGGCGGAUCGUAGUUUAAGUCUGGGUUUGUCGGUGAGCGGUUAUAGUAUUGUUGUCAGGUACUUGGACAGUUGGUAUGUAGGAGAAGAACAGAAAGAAACAAUAGGCCGCAUCGGGAAACCAGGUUUGUGUAGUUUCGGCAGACCGUAAAGUUGCAGUGGCUGUGAUACUGAGCACCUGAGCUGGUAGUAGCGUUGCUUUUGUCGUUAACUAGUGCGUCCACUUUGAUGUAGUCAGUCUUUUCCAUAACAACAGUAACUCGUCCUUUGUCGGCUGGUAGAAUAAUUAUUGUCGGCUGGUAGAUUAAUUAUUGUCGGCUUAGAACAUUCGACUGACAACAACUAUUCACUUGGCUCUGAUGAGGAAUUCUGCUCAGGUUAUUAAAACAUCAGUCACCACAACCGACGGCAUUCCUUCUCAGGACUACACUCACAUGGACGAUUAAACUACAAAAAUAAAAAAUUGUAAGUACAAUAAAAACUUUGCUUUUUCAUUUUACCCUAUCACUGCAGACUUGACAUCAUAAGCAACCAAUCAGACGAUGAAACGUUUCAUGGCCAACGCCCGCUUACAAAACAAAACCGUUCUUCUUACUCGAGGCUGGCAAUUAGUCUUUGGAGGAUUCCUUCGAUCAGCCGAGGAUCAAAGGUUGUCAUUCAUGGUCUUUUUAUCUUUGACUUUUGACUGACUUUUUAAUCCACAAUCGAUGUGUAACACUACAGAUUUCGGUCAAUUUUAACAUUUCGUCUUUCUUUAUGUGAUAGGUUUGAGUAUUGAAUACUUACAGAUUGACCAAUAUCAUUUCAGGUACGUAAUCAACGUCUGACGUUUCACUUUUGUAACCACAAGGCCUUUACACACGCAGGUUGUUUUAUCCGUCGUGUAUACCGUUUAUAUCUCCAUGCACAGCAACUACGAAGUAAGUAAUUAAGAGCUCUGCCAUAUUCCGAAGGAUUUAUAUUUUCAGUUGGAACGCAAAGCACUACACGAUCAGAGAGGAAUAGCUAAAUAUAACUCAGAAGUACGCUCUUAGAAGAAAAAUUCCUUCAAUAGUGUUCGACGGCCGAGGUUUUUAUCUUAAAGUCUUAAGCUGAUAUUCACCCGUUGCGCUCAUAUAAUCAUACCACACAAACAAGAAAUAAUUAGUUCCAUUAUCUCCAUUAAUUAGUUCCGUUAUUUCCAUUAAUUAGUUCUAUUAUUUCCAUUGAUUAGUUUCAUCAUCUCUUGCAAGUACCAUGCAUAAUCCAUAAUUUUUCACAGUAAAAGACCAAUAAAUUUGAAUUUGCGUGGAUGCUCUAGGAAUUUCUACAAAAAACACUACCUUGAUACUCUUCUCGAACAUCUUUAAGUUCAAACAUCAAAAUAAUCCUCCCUUGUUUUUGCUUAUCAUUAAAAUGAAAUACAACUAAUUUAAAAAGUUAUAUUUACUAAUGAGUAUUUUCUUCUCACAACCAUAAUACUUAAUUAUAAACAAUGAACCAUAACGAACGGGACUAUUGUUUAUAAAUCCCCAUUGUGAAUAUUGAAACAUAUGAUUAACCCGAAAAAAAUUACAUUUCUAUCUCUAGGUGAUUUAUUUUACCCACAUAAUCCCCAGUGCCCUGUGGUAAAUCUGUUUUAAGUUCAUGUACAUGAGUAUAAAUUUCGGAAAAAAGGAAAAAAAAAACGAGGAUCCUUUUAAAAUAGAAAAUUAAAAGAAGAAAAAGAAGGGCUGAAAAACUCAAAGAGAGAGGAUGAGAUCCAAUCAGCGACAAAAUCAAAUGCACGAUCUGUGAAUGACACAGGCGGAUAGAAGCUCCCAGGGGUUAUAAGCUCCCGUGGGUUAAAAGUAUUGUCCUGUUCCUUACCCCCAAGAAAGCAAGUGAUAAAAAAUAAAAUUGGUAAAUGCCGUGUUUUCCAACCGUCAUUAUACCAAUUUUUCUGUAAGUGCAGAAGACAAUACCGAGUAAGCUGUGUUUUUACCUUAAAUUUACCCAGCGAAAAUGUCUACUCGACGAAUAUCUGCAUUUCUGGUUUGCCUGUUGUUGGUUACUCUGAUGGAAGAGGCAAAACCUGUGCUUGGAGCGAAAGGAGAAGGAAAGUAUAAGAAGCUAUCGAACAGGGUGAAGGAGCUGGAGGAGAGCAUGGAGGAACUAGGAGAAUGCAAAGAGGGUAAACUUUAACAAUGAAUACCUAGCAACAAACUUGUGACCCUCUGUAUUUGAAAAAAAAACCCUCUGAAAGAAAUAGGGACUAAGAUGGUUUUUUUUAGGCUUUUCACGAAAACGCAGAUUUAGAAAUUUAACUAGGUAGAAAAAAACUGUUCUUCCUUAUUAGGACAAAGUUGACAACGAAUUAGCUGUGUAAUUUUACUUCUCGGCAGCUUAUUGAAAAUUGAAAAUAAGUUUUCCAUUUAGUUGCUCUUAUAUUUAAAGCGUAGCUUCACUAAAGCGAUUCAUGAACCAUUGUCGUAAUUUAUAUUUCAGCUUGCUCGAUAAUCUCUGAACUGAAAGAGCGGCUCAUUGCUGUAGAGGGAAAGAUUGAAGGGCUGAACACAGAACUGACUACAAAAUCCUAUCCACUGGUUUCAGGUACAUUUCCAGUAGAUUCCGAACUACGAUUCAGAAGGUCCAAGAUGACUCGAAUCCUCGCUAACUCGAAUGCGUCAUUAACUCGAACCAAAAUUGAACUCUAGGACUUUUGUCAUUCAUUUGAUGAUUUUUUUCACCCCCUGUAACUCGUGCAUAACUAAAGCUUCCUGCUAAAUCCAAACAAUUUGUCGUUCCCCUCCGGAACAUUUUCUCUUAGUCAAUACCUCAAACUACGUUUGUCUUUUUAUAUUUUUCUAUCUAUAUUUUUGGCUAUCUUAAAUUACCCAGAAGGAGUAUUUGCCCAAAGCAGGUUCCGCUCUUCUCCCUCCCCAUUCAGUUUUAUCAAUUUUGAGUCAUCGCAGGUCAUCGCGAAUCCUCACAGAGGCAUCUCCACCCCUCACCAACCAAAGUCUAGUCAAUACUCAACGAUUACCACGAAUUCCAGAUUUUUUUUCUUCAACUAGACAUGAUUGAUAAAUGUCUAAAUGUCCAAUCAACCUGCUUGAAAAACUGGAAAACGUCUCCGCUCGUCACAAAUUUUUAUAGACUCAAAUAUAAAACCAAAGCGACAUCAUGAUAACAUGGCAACAUUUUAGAAAAAAUUGAUAGGCGAUGCCGUUUUUUGCCCAUGUUUAAAUAAUUCAGUUAGCAAGGUAAAGCUUUUAGUUUCUCUACCAACGGUCCUUUGACAGGGGCACAAAAAAUGUUUUCAUUUACAAAAAUGAAUUAAUUUUGUGUACGUUGAGCCUCCAUGAUGUUGAAAUACGUGCUGAGUGGUCUUCAGGGUUUUAACUAAAGAGUGGAUGUUGCCGCUUUUUUAAAAAAAAUUCCCGCCAUUUUAUUAAAUGUUCACUGUUGCUAUGUAUUGACAAGUGAGUUUGGGACACGCGCAGACGUUUUUCAGCUCUGUUUUUGCCAUAUUGCAAACUAGAGUGUGAAGGCUACAAAGUUCUGGACAGCGCUGACAGGAAGAAUACCUACGGUAUGGGCGGAAUUGCAUGUGACGACGAAAUAGAAGAAGCGUGGUACCGCUUCACAGGAGCCGCAGGCUCAAAGAUGCCAGAGUCACCACCAAAUGAAAAGAUGUGUGGCACGCAUGUACCAGGGUGGCUGAAUGGACGACAUCCAUCCGUUGCUGAGGGAAAGGUGCUCUGAUCACACUUCUUACAGCAGUAACAUUUUUUUGUUAGGGUAAUUCAUGUAAAUGAACAUUAGUCUCUGUUUGGUGCGAAAUUAUUCUCGGAUAUUUGUCCACGGACACUAUUUGUUCCGAGAAGCGAAUGACUUUCGAAGAGCGAAGCUUUAGGAAAGCUGUGGACUUCGGAUAACAGAUGAUGCCGAAGGGUAUAUAUACGUGCACAUCUCUAAGCCAAAUGAAUGCAUUUAUUCUCUCUUUUUUUUUCCUUUAUUGCUGUGCGCGUAACAAAACGAUCACAUUGAAAACAGAUGUUGACUUUCCACCAAUUCGUUAACAAGCAAAUUUAUCCCCGCUAAUGAAACAACAGCAAAACUCUCUCAAGCUUAAAUCAACUUUUAAAGGAAGACAUUCAUGGCAUUGAAAGCAAUGUUUGAAAAUUGGAGAAUAUAUCCGGGGGAAUAUCACCAGAUAAUCUACAGGUUUAGCCGGGGCUCAUUCGACUACGCGACACAUUUUAACCAAUAGCGCGUUGGCGAAAACGGGUGUAAGUACAGAUAUUUACCGAAGAAAGUUCGCAAAACACAACUUCUUCAAAGGCAAACUAAAAUUUUACAAAAGGGCUGCUAAACAGAGCUCCUCUUGGAACAUUUCCGUACCAGUGAGAACACAAGCUUUAUGACUUUACACGAGAAAAAAAACUGAGUGUUUUCAAUCGGCUUUUAAGCAAAUUUUUUUUUUAGAUUAUAUCACAGCAUAACAUGUAUCUUAAUUCUAACAUAAGAAUAUAUUUGUGAUGAGUAGACAUUUAUUUAUCUUUUCAAUUCCAAUGUUUUUUGGUUUAGGUAUCUAGAGAAGUCUGUUUCAACUGGGUUGGCAAAAAUUGUUUCUUUAAAGCCAACAUUGAAGUACGAAACUGCGAAUCAUUCUUUGUCUACAAACUGGUGAAAACGCCCGAUUGCAACCUCUGUUAUUGUGGCAGUGACUAG